UUCAAUAAAUAAAUAAAACAAAUUUUAUAAUAUAAUAUUUGAUAAUAAUAACCACACUACAUACCAAACCUAAACCCCUAGAACUAUUCAUAUACGGAGUACAUAUCAAAGCCAAUCCACCUUAUACAUGUAUAUAUGUACUACAUAUUUGCCUUGUCCAUCCGUUGUAGAGAGUCAUCGUAAUUCAUAUCUUCUUAUUUCUUCACCAAUAUGUUGAUCGAACUCAAUAAGGGGAUUCGCGGGAGGCUUCACCUGAAGGAAUCCUACAUCAAUUACUCAGUAAUUCGAAUCCAAUUAAUCGAGGUUACGCGGGUUGAGAUGUUACAUUCUACUUCUCGCAUAAUGGCCAUGCUCACCGCACAGUCGGAGACCGCCAGAUAUAAGCUCAUCAAUCUGACAAGUAACAAAAGAGAUACAGUCGUUCUACCAAAAACUGGUCUAGUGGUGACGAAAAAUGUGAGGUAGCCUUUGCAACAUACUUGAGAGACGAAUUUAAACUCAAGAAGUUAUUUGGAUGUUGGAAGGGCUGAUAGCUUUCACGUCCGUACGUUGAACAUUCAUUAUUCGUUCGGUUCUUUCUAACGUUAAAUUUUUUUGUAUCAUAUUUGAGGUAAAUAGAAAGAACAAUGUGAUCCUGGUGGCAGAUGGGGCGAGAUUGUCGGGAUGGAUGUUACAAAUUUUGAGAUAAAUUAUGAUAUGUCAAUAUUAAAUUCGCUUCUGCAAU